CGAACUGUGCGCCGCUCUCGUGUUGUCAUUUUCAUUUAAAAUCCGGCUUUCCUCCCACUCCGUCACCGAAUCGGCGAUCAUGGCGGUACCAGCUCCUCAGAAACGCUUUUACCGACAGCGUGCUCAUUCCAAUCCUAUGGCGGAUCAUGUUUUUGAUUACCCAGUAAAACCUGAAGAGAUGGACUGGUCCCAGCACUACCCUGAAUAUUUCAAACCACACUCAGAAAAUUACCAUGAUGAUGAGAAAGAUCUCAUUGAUGAAAAGAAAUUGAAGUUCCAGGUGGAGUUUGCAGAUAUAGGCUGUGGAUAUGGAGGUUUACUAGUUGAGUUAUCUGGUCUGUUUCCCAAUUCAUUGAUUCUGGGUCUCGAAAUCCGAGUGAAGGUAUCUGACUACGUCGUAGAUCGCAUCAAAUCCCUAAGGGCAUCCAAUCCUGGAAAGUACCAGAACAUCGCAUGUAUUAGAAGCAAUGCCAUGAAGUAUUUACCAAACUUCUUCAAAAAAGGGCAGCUAAGUAAGAUGUUUUUCCUCUUUCCGGAUCCGCAUUUUAAAAAGACAAAACACAAAUGGAGAAUAAUUAGCUCGACAUUGCUGGCUGAAUAUGCUUAUGUACUGUGUGUAGGGGGUUUGGUCUAUACAAUUACUGAUGUGCAGGAAGUACAUGAGUGGAUAGUCAAACACUUCACAGAACACCCAUUGUUUGAAUAUGUUCAACUAGAAAAACUGAAGGAUGACAUCAUCAUUGAUCGCCUUGGUGUCUGCACAGAAGAAGGUAAAAAAGUAUUAAGGAAUGGAGGACAGAAUUUUACUGCAGUAUUUCGACGAGUUGAGGAUAAAAAACAGAAGCUGAAAAUUGAGCAAAAGUCCUGAGAGGAGCACUCCUUCAUUUGACUUCACCGAGGCGAGUGACUAAAAAGUGGUAAGCACAUAUCAAUUGGAACACACCAGACCCAAUCUUGCAGCUGCAACAACGGGAGAAACUGCAUUGAAGGUGGGGUGGCCCACAUAAAUAAACUGAAAAUAACCUCAACAGUAGUCUUCAAAUAGAAGUGUUGAUAACUGUACAUCCUUGCAUGAAUGCUAGGUAUCAACAGUGUAAGUGAAGGGUUUGAAAAUUGGUUCCCUAGCGACAUUUUACAGAUUUUUAUUUUUAUGAAUGAUUUGUAGAGUCUGAAAUAAGGAGUAUAGCAUUGUAAAACAUUUUACAAUGUAAAAAAUUCCACUGAAAUAUGUACAUCAGAAGUCUUCACUGUGACUUGUUUGUUUGUUUAUUCUCGUUGCAAUUGAGAAUUGUAUCACUUUUUUUUAAGAUGCAUGCUUCUACAUAUAGCUUCUUUUAAACUGCUAUUUAAUUUGCAACAAUAAUGACACUUCCCAAAACCAAUUAAUUACUUACUGAUUUCCUGAAGCUGUGAAAGGCACUGUAGAAAUGCAAAUCUGCCUGCCUGUCUUUACAUCAGAAGAUUUAUCAAGCAGGCUCAAUGCCAUGUUAAUAAUAACUACUUUUCGCUUCCUUUAGUACCUUGAGUGUCACCUUGCCUCUGAUAGCACUCCCCUCUGAGUCACAGGAUUGUGAGUUUGAAUCCCACUCAUAAUAUAAGGACUGUCGCACUGUUGGAAGUCUCCUCACUGAUGAAAUAAUUAUCUCCUAUCUUUCAAAUUAAUAUCGUCCAUUCAGAGAAUUCUCCCAGCGUCCUGGUCAACAUGCAUCCCUCAACAAUGUCCGCAACAGGGUCUUAUUGUGAAUAAUUUCACUCCUGCAAAUCAGUACAUAAGUAACUAUACAUUUCAAAGAUAAUUAAUUAAACGUAUACCACUGUAGGACAUCCUGCAGACAUACAAAAUAAAUUCAAGCUGGUUCAUUGGUUUUCUUUUUAUUUAUUUUCAGCUAUGGAAUAAAACUAAAAUUGGCUAGCUGACUAUGGUCACUUGGGGCCAACGAUUGAAUUAAAAAUUCAUUUUGAUCUUAAUCCAAAUUGUAAUGAAAACAGACUAUUUUGACCUUUUUGGCUUUUGAACAGUA